GCCAGUAACCGAGAUAUUCUAAAUAUAACUGCCGGUUCUUGAUUCGUGUCUGGACGAAUCCGAGGUCGCCUUUACACAGCAUUCGGUACUUUGACGCUGGACAUUCCCACUCGACUAGUCAAUCGCAGGUCUUGAUCCAUCACUUCUGCAAUAAUAAUACUAUUAUCUCGCCAAUUGAAUCUUCAUAUAAAGACGUCUCCUCUUUCCAGUCUUUCUCGAUUCCUUUAUAUUAGUCUGAAAACAUACGCGACUUCGUUCUCUCUCAUUUUACGUCUUUUUUUCGCUUCCAAAUCGAUCCCGUUCUUUCCAUUGAUUGCCGGUCGCUUCGCGUCCUCUAUCAGUCGCCAUGGCGGGCAAAAUGACGUUGUACAAAUUGGUGGUCCUGGGGGAUGGUGGUGUUGGAAAGACCGCAUUGACAAUUCAGCUCUGUUUGAACCACUUUGUCGAAACAUAUGACCCAACUAUCGAAGACUCCUACCGCAAGCAGGUCGUUAUCGACCAACAAUCGUGCAUGUUGGAAGUGUUGGAUACCGCCGGUCAGGAAGAAUACACUGCGCUACGCGACCAAUGGAUCCGGGAUGGUGAAGGCUUUGUUCUCGUCUACAGUAUCACUUCGCGGGCCUCGUUUUCGCGGAUACAGAAAUUCUACAAUCAGAUCAAGAUGGUCAAGGAAUCCGCCAACUCCGGUUCUCCCUCUGGUGCCAGUUAUCUGGCAUCCCCCAUCAGCGCUCCCUCCGGUCCCCCGCUGCCCGUGCCUGUGAUGUUGGUGGGUAACAAGAGCGACAAGGCCGUCGAGCGCGCCGUGUCCGCUCAGGAGGGUCAAGCACUGGCCAAGGACCUGGGUUGUGAAUUUGUCGAAGCGUCGGCCAAGAACUGCAUCAAUGUCGAAAAGGCAUUCUAUGAUGUCGUCCGUAUGCUCCGGCAGCAGCGACAGCAGCAGCAGGGCGGCGGGAAGGGCCAAGAUCGUCGACCGACCGGGCUGGGGCCCAUGCGCGACCGUGAUUCCGGUCCGGAAUAUCCCAAGUCGUCCCGAACGGAUCGAUCGAGGCAUCGCAACAAGUGCAUUGUUUUGUAAGCGACAGUACGGGGGUACUACUACGCAGUAGUACGGAGUACUUGUCAAAAAAAAAAAAAAAAAAAAAACCCCCC